AUGAUUCAGAAGAAUAGCCCGCCAACGAGAAGAGGCUCAUUACGAUCUACUCCAUCUCACACCAAUAACGUUAGUAUGCAAUCGCCUUCCAUCCGUUCUACAUCAUCAUUUUCAAACAUAAGGAGGAACAUAACAAGGACUUCAUCUAAUUCACCAGCGAAUAGUAGAAGCAGCUCACCAUUGAGAUCAGUUUCCUCUAUAUCAGAUCAUUUCCAUGCACCAAGAAGAUUUAACACAAUUAGAAGAACAAACAGUCAAACAUAUAACACUAAGUCAGAACAUUCAACUUACACGGGUACAAUAACUGUUGCUAUCAGACCCAAGCCCACGUCUAAUCCCUCUGAUGUAAGCACUUCAUCGUGGCUUGUGACGGACGAGAAGACCAUUGCACAUGAUGACGUUGGUGAAUUUAAGUUUGAUCAUGUUUUCAAUUCUUUCGUGUCUAACUUAGAAAUAUAUCAAGUUAUAAAUAGGCCGAUGAUAGAUAAACUAUUUCAAGGAUUUAAUUCUACCAUUUUCGCAUACGGAAUGACUGGAUCUGGUAAGACUUAUACGAUGAUGGGGUGCCCUGAACGUGAACAAAAAGAUGGGUUGAUUCCAUUGUCUGUUUCAUAUCUCUUCACUAAAAUAAUGGAGGAAACACUGGAUGGCGAUAAGAAAUUCGAGAUUGUUCUGUCAUAUUUGGAAAUUUAUAAUGAAAAAAUCUAUGAUUUACUGGGGGAUGAGAAUAAUAAUAAUAAUAAUAAUAAUGGAACACUUGCAUUUGGGACUCCCACGCGUAACAAUAACAAUAUAUGCUUUCAAAAUGAAUUGAAAAUUCGAGAUGAUUCAAAAUACGGAGUUCGUGUCAUUGGCCUCACUGAGAAAAGAUGUGAAAGUAGUGAGGAAUUAAUGAAUUGGAUUAUAAAGGGAGAUAAGAUCCGUAAAACAGCUGAAACAGACUUUAAUGCUAGAAGUUCUAGAUCACAUGCAAUUGUCUUAAUAAGGUUGACUACAUCCGAUAUGAAAGAUGGAACAUCAAUUUCUAGCACUCUUUCGUUGUGUGAUCUUGCUGGCUCCGAGAGAGCUACUGGUCAACAAGAAAGAAGGAAAGAAGGUGCAUUCAUUAAUAAAUCAUUGCUUGCAUUGGGAACAGUAAUUUCAAAAUUGAGUACCGAAUCUAAUAAAAACAGAUCACCAACUUUACCAUCACCUCCAUUGUCUUCAUCAUCUUCCUCGACUUCAAUAAAUUCUUCCGUACCGGGGCAUAUACCUUAUCGAGAUUCUAAAUUGACAAGGCUUUUGCAACCUGCAUUAAGUGGGGAUAGUAUUGUUACAACAAUAUGCACAAUUGAUACAAAAAACGAAUCAUCAGCAGAAACUCUUAACACUUUAAGAUUUGCAUCAAGAGCUAAAAAUAUUUCAUUACACGUUAAUCGUAAACCUCUGGUUCAUACAGGAGAGGACUCUGAUGACAAGAAUUACAAGAUUAUGCAAUUGACAAAAAAAUUACAGGAACAACAACAAUUAAUAUCUACACUUCGACAAGAUGAUAAAUCUCUAAAUAAGGUAUCAUCUAGUGUCUAUGACCAUAUGCCAGGCACUACUAGCGGAAACUUGAUAGAUCCUACUAUUGCCUUAAUAUAUGCUGAAAAUAAAGUAUUAAAACACAAGUUAACGAAUUGUGAAAAACUAUUGGAUAAGGAUACAGUAGAAUUAGAUGAUCCAGAAAUAAUUGAGAUUGUGGAAAUGUUGCCAUAUGAAGUCGGGUCGUUAUUAGAGACUAAAAUUCAAGGAUUACAGUCACAACUACGACAAUAUAAGGAAUAUACUAAUGAAUUAGAAUCUAAAAUACGAGAUUUCGAAAACGCAAAUAAGGGAACAUCGCGACAAUAUCCAAACAAAGGCUCUCCUUCUAUAAGCAACAGUAAUAAAGAAAAUAUAAUCCAAGAUAAAGAGAACCAAAUAUUGGAAUUACAAAAAAUGUUAAAUCGUAAGGAUAAAAUGAUUGAUGCUUUACAAAGCGUUAGAAGGUUGCGUGAUAGAGCUUUGAAACCGAUAAGUUCUGCGAAUAACUGA